AGCUAUAAACAAAAAGCCGUCGUGCUGAAAGACUUCCCCCUUCCGCUGGAAUAACUGGUGCAAACCAAGGAUUUUCCUCUUACUGUGCUUGCAACAGUUCUUUAAGAGAUAUCAGCGUGUGAGCGCAGAGCAACAGGAGAUCCGGCUCUGAAAUUCCUACUGAAUUCUUGGCUGCAAAUCGAAAUACCGGGGAAAUGGAUUUGAAACCCAGCGACUGUCUGGUUUGCCUCGACCGAUACAGCGAGCGCAAGAGGCCGAGAGUUCUGCCGUGUGGCCACCUGUUCUGCUCAUCCUGCAUCGAGAGCGUUCAGGAGUCGGGCUGGGUCACGUGCCCCUGCUGCCGCAGCGCCCACCCCGCUUCAGGAGUGGAUGCUUUCCCCAUCGUGUUUGCGGUGGAGGAUCUUCUGAGAGAAACCGACGCACGCAGCGCCGACGCCCCGUUGCCCCGAAGGCGAGGCUCGAGGAAGCUAGAGGAGGUGAGGGAGGGGCAGGCGAUCGCUGUUCAGGAGUCUGCCUCCAGGUGCGCGGACUUGCUCUCUCAGAUGGUGGAGUUCAAGGGUACGAUCAUCCGGUGGAUGACCGAGCACGAGGCCCUCAUAAAGAGGCUCAAUGACGUUAUCACUCAUCACAAAACGGCGCACCAGAUGCUAGAAAGGGAGAGAGAUUUAGUGGGCAACUUUUACUCCGAAGGUCGGCGAAAGCAAUUGCAGCUAAUAGCGCUGGGAGAAACUCUCCAGGCGACAGAAACCCCGCAGGAGGCGGCCCGCAUCCACGACGCGACGGCCAGACGAAGCGGAAUGGCCGAAAUGCCCAAACAUUCGGACCAACACGUCCGCAGAUCCUCAAGGCAGUGGACGCUCGCCUUUUGA